AUGAAGCAAAAAGAAAAAGAAAAUCUAUUGAAAGUAAAAGAAGAGAAAAAGUUGAUCAAAGAAAAGAAAAAGACUGAAAAUGCAAUCAAAAAGUCUAAAAAAAAAGUUAGUGAGACUGUUAAAUCUAAGGAAAUAGAUACGAGUUUAGAGGAUAAUAGCCAACAACUGAUUGGACCUUUUGAGCAACAACUGAUUGAACCUUUUGAGCAACAACUCGAACCGACACCAAAGAAGAUAGAAAAAGAAAUAGGCAUAAAAAGUAAAGAAAUUUCAGCAAAUAAAAAGAUAACUAUUCUAAGUAAACUUUUAAUACAACCUUCUUGUAGUAACAUUCUGCCAAAGCCUACUUGUGGAGUUUGUCAUUUCAACGUGAUAAAAAAUGAAUUGACAUGCAGUGCCUGUCCAAAAAUCUUUCAUGUGCGUUGCAUCCUACCAAAACAUAAGGAACAUAUACCAGACUACUCUGAUUUACAUUUAUUUUUGUGUCAUCGUUGA